AUGUUGUUAUUUCAGAUAAUUUCAUACAUAAGUAAUCUUUCCAGGAAGGCGAGAAACUAUGCCAUAGCUGGAAGCACUUGUUCUUUUAGAAAAUCAAGUAUCAGUGAGCAGAGAACUGAACUUCGAAGUCGACUUUUCUUAUCGCAAAUAAUCGAACAUCAUCUUAGUCAAAGUCGUGAAUCAUCGAAGAAAGGACGAGGUCGUAAACGUAUGCACGACUUUGGAGCAGCUAUUUCGCACGAGAAAAGAGCAUUUGAUUUUCUCUGUUCUACUGAGAGGAAGUUCACUCUCCUCGCCUUUGAUUUUCACUCUCCUCAAUCCCGUGUCUAGAGGCUGGAAGAAUAGAAAAAUUUCGGAUCUUGCUCGCAGCUUAAUUAAAAGGGGGAGAGCGUCCCAUCGCUCUCCCUCGCCGAUCCUUUUAUCUCCCGCCCGCUCUUAGCAGAGUUGUGGCUCUCAGGCAUAGGGUAGCCCCUUUGGUUGGAGUAAGCCCUCCGGUUUCUGUUUUUCUUUUUGGUUAUUUUAUGGCGAUUGCGGAAGCGGGACGCGGUUGAGGAUGGUGCACGGGGCGAAGGAGGGAGCGCGAAGCAGUGAAGAUAAGAAAAACUAGGCUAGUGCACUCCCAACAACGAAAAACGUGUUGUACUUAGGGCGUUAGGCCAGUAGACAUUUAUGCCUAGUUGUUCACUUGUCAGAUGACUGCGCAUUAGUCAAGAGUAAGCAGGGUUGGCGGCCCUGCCCUCGUGCCUUGUAGGCCGGCGCAUAAGAGCGGGACGGUUGGCAGCCGGUGGAGGUUUAUAGUAAUUAAUUAAUCACCUCCUUUGCCCCUAGAUUUUUCUCCAUUUUAUAAUCGACGGGUUCGUAGGCAAUUAGUGCGCGGUAGUAUAAGGAGGUUAAUGCACUCCACCCGUCGCCGGCAGGUACACCGGACAACACUGGGAUCACCCUUUCGGCGUUCUCGGACUACAAAAA